AUGUCUGAGUCUGAGAGUGAGUAUUCUUCAUCUUCUUCGUCUUCAACAUCAGAAAAAUUUGUUGAAUGGCUUCUUGAUGAUUCUUCCUCCAAACUCACUACCMACUAUGUUGCCUUACAAAAACAACAAAUAGCAGAUGCAACUUCUACGUCAAAACGUAAAAAGAAGAAAAGAAGAAAUAUAGAAAGAAAGCGUGAAGAUGGAGAUCGACGUUUGUACGAAGACUUCUUUUCUGAGAAUCCGACAUACAAUGAUGAUAUAUUUCGACGUAGAUUUCGGAUGCGGAGACCAUUAUUUCUUCGCAUAGUUGAAGCAUAUGGUGUAGCUGCAGAUGCCGUUGAUGAAUAUUUACGAAUUGGUGAAACUACAACAAUAAAAUGUGUUAAGAAGUUUGUACGAGCUAUUAUUGCAGUGUUUGGGGACGAGUAUUUACAAAGACCAAAUGUCGCUGACCUUCAACGAUUACUUUAUAUUGGGUACCAACGCGGUUUUCCAGGCGCAUUAAAUGAUAUCAAUGUGUUAGAUCGAUCUCCCAUCUUCCACGAGGUCUUAGAAGGGAAAGCACCAGAGGUAAAUUUCUCUGUUAAUGGUAACAACUAUAGUUUAGGAUACUACCUUGCAGAUGGAAUCUACCCUAACUGGGCUACGUUUGUGAAAUCCAUCCAUUGCCCCAAAGUCAAAAACAUCAGCUAUUUGCAAAAAAAAAAAAAAGAAUCAGCUAGGAAAGAUGUAGAAAGAGCGUUUGGCGUAUUACAGUCACGAUUUGCCAUAGUUAGAGGUCCAUCACGGAUGUGGUUCAAGGAAAUAAUCGGAGAAAUGUUACGAGCUUGCGUAAUAAUGCACAACAUGAUUGUCGAAGAUGAACGUGACUCAUACAUUAGUCAAUUUGAUUUCAUAGAUGAUGCUAAUUUCAGUAUAUCUAUGCCUGAAGUUUCUCGAAAUCAUCUUCCUAAGUAUGAAAAUUAUCUUCGAAGUCAUGCAAGAAUACGUAACCGGACUCACAACAAUCAAUUACAAGCGGAUUUGGUUGAAGAGAUUUGGAGCCGAUUUCAAGGAGAAGAAAACAAUGAUUAA